AUGGCUGAACAACCCCUCAACACAUACCGUGGCAACUGCCAUUGUGGCAUGUUCGUCUAUGAAGUCGAUCUCCCUGGGAUCAGUAGCGUGAGCGAAUGCAACUGCAGCCUCUGCUCUAAGAGGGGUUAUCUCUGGGUCUACCCUUCUAGUCCUGGGCAGUUCCGAGUUGUCAAGGGCGAUGAGGACGCCCUGACUAGCUACGCAUUCAGCUCGACACAUUACAAAUUUUGCCCACACUGCGGCACAGGCGUCUUAUCUAGGACACCUACCGCUCCACCACAUCUCGCUAUUGGUAUCAACGCACAUGCCAUUCAGGAACUGGAUACCUGGUCGGUGGAGCGGCAGCCGUAUGUCUUGGAACUCUUCGAUGGAGCAGCAAUGGGCUCGAACUACGAGCAUCCGAGGUACACCGGGUCUCUCCCGGCUGAAGAAAUCGGUGGCAGCAGGAUCCAUAGUGGAAGUUGCCAUUGUGGCCGUGUCCAGGUGGCACUGUCUAGCAAACCUAUCGACGAAACAUUUCCAGAGCCAGUCGUUGAAUGCAAAUGCAGCAUCUGCGAGAGGAAUGCAUACAUUUGGGUCUCACCGCUUGGUGUACAUGUUAUCCUACAUGGAAAUGGGGAGGACAUCGGCCGAUACCUUUGCAGCCGCAGGGUGAUGGCCAAGACUUUCUGCAAGACAUGUGGAGUCCCACUGACCAAUAUGCCGGUCGAGUUGCCAGAGGAGGAACGGCAGGCAUUGUCGGACGAAGACCAGAAGGGGUAUGCAAUGAUUAAGUUGAUGCAUCCAGUAAACGUUCGCGUCUUAGAGGGCAUUGAUCUGAAGAAGCUCAAGAUCAUGAGGCUGACCGCCGGGCUCGAUCUGCAGCCGGUGUAUGUGAAUCCAUGAAGAGGGGCAGCUGGGCACAGCAAACAGUGUUUUGAAUACAACAUCUCCACU